AAAUUGCACAACGGUGCCUGCCAUCCACGGUUGGCAUUGAAUCUGGUCAACAGGCCAUCUUCAUGGCGCUGCUGCACGAUGGCCGGCGACCAAAGCUUGUGUGGGACCACGCAGACCUGCGAGACUGGAUCGCGUUCGGUUGCUUUCUGGCCGCUACUUUCCAUUACGAGCCAAUGCCGAAACCAUCACCCAUGAAUCGACACCAACAGAACGAUGCCGUGUCGAACGUGAUGGAGGUCGUGACCAAGUGGAUGGCCUUGCUAAGAACGCCGAAAGCUCCUGCAGUACGAUUGCCCAAGUGCGUCCUGGGCAAGGACAAGAUGACUGUGUCGGGGAAGCCGAUCCCGUUCACACGAUCCAUGUCGAAAGUCGCGCGAACACAAAUUCACGUGCUCCCGACAAUUGACGAGCAGUCGCUGGAAGUUGAGUCAAUGUAGUUUGUCGAGUAGAUUGUGCUUGUAGCCAAGGCACGAACAACGUUGCAAUGUCGAAUACCUAAUUUGUCGUAGGCGCCGCACCAGGAACGGUACUCUGGG